GGGAGGCUGGGGCACCGGCUAGGAGGGAAGAAGGAGGGAGGGAGGGAAAGUGGGAGGGAAGAUUCCUGCCUGGCUGUCCAACUCCCCCAGUUCCCGCCUGGGACAGCCUGUACCCUCGCUCCCCUCCUCCCUUCUUUCUGCCCCUGCAGGAAUCUUUGCCCAGGACAAUGCCUACGAUAUCCACAGUGUACCAGGCGGCAGUGCCCUGGGGCAGCUGAGUGGAGGAGGUCCCCCUCUGCUUCCAUAUUCCUGGAUCCCAAGGCCGGAAGGGACCCUAGAGGCCUCCAGGGGGAUGAAGUGCUAACACCUAAGGUUCUGAAGCACAAUUCAAACCCAAGUCUUGACUACUGUGCUUUAGGGCAACUGGGUGGUCCAGUGGAUAGAAUGCCGGGUGAACCUGGAGUCCCCAAGAUGACCAGCCUGCUGCCAACCCUCUUCCUCCUGCUGUUGCCACUACCAUCACGGAGAAGUUGGCAUCUUGCCCUUGCCCAGCAUUUCUCUGCCCCCAAUACCACCUUCAACCACCUGGCCAUGGAUGCUGCUACAGGCAUGCUCUAUGUUGGUGCUGUGAACCACCUGUACCAGCUGACACCUGACUUACAGCAAGUAGGUGAGGCAGUCACAGGCCCCAUAUGGGACAGCCCCGACUGCCUGCCCUUCCGGGACCGAACUGAGUGCCCACAGGCCCGACCCACAGACAAUGCCAACCAAUUGCUGCUGGUGAGCGGGCAGGCCCGGGAGCUAGUGGCCUGUGGGCAGGUUCGCCAAGGUGUGUGCGAGAAACGGAGUCUUGGGAAUGUGGCACAACUUGUGUUCCGGGCAGAGGAUCCCGGCGACGGGCAGUUUGUGGCUGCCAAUGCCCCAGGAGUGGCCACCGUGGGCCUCGUAGUGUCAGCCCCAGGGAGAGACCUGCUGUACGUGGCCCGGGGCCUUGCAGGCAAGCUGUCUGCUGGGGUGCCCCCCUUGACUGUACGCCAGCUGGCCGGGCCCCAGGCCUUCUCUAGUGAAGGCCUGGGCCGCUUGGUGGUAGGAGACUUCUCUGACUACAACAACAGUUAUGUGGGGGCCUUUGCGGGCACCCAGUUUGCUUACUUUCUCUUCCGCCGCCGGGGGUCUCGGACCCAAGCCGACUACCGCUCUUACGUUGCCCGCGUGUGCCUGAAUGACGCCAAUCUCUACUCCUAUGUAGAGAUGCCGCUUGUUUGCCAGGGGUACAGCCUGGUGCAAGCAGCUUACCUGGCCCCGGGUCAAGGAGGGGGAACCCUGCUGGUAGUGGCUUCCCCAGGGCCUAUGGGAGGCUCCGCACUAUGUGCCUUCCCACUCCAGGAGGUCGACAGCCGGAUGGAGCGGGCCCGGAGGCUCUGCUACACUAUGGGAGGACACAGCCCAGCUGGGGAAGAGGCCACCAUUGAGUAUGGCGUCACGUCCCGAUGCGUCUUCCUGCCCUCAGACUCCCCGGACUCAUACCCUUGUGGGGACGAGCACACGCCCAGUCCCAUCGCCAGUCAUCAGCCCCUGGAAGCAGAGCCCCUACUCACCAGCAUCCCCCACCUCAGCGCUGUUGCUGCUCUUGAAGAGGCCGGCCACACCAUCGUCUUCCUGGGGGACACCCAGGGCCAGCUCCACAAGGUGUUCCUCAAUGGCUCCACAGGGCAGCUGUAUAGCUCCCUUCCGGUGGGCCCCCCAGGGACUGCUGUGAACCCUGAUUUGCUCCUGGACAGAAAUGGGAGUCACCUCUACGUCAUGACGUCUUCUCAAGUGACCAAGGUGCCCAUCUCCUCCUGCCAAAAUUUCCCUGACUGCCCCAGCUGCCUCCAAGCCCAAGACCCCUUCUGUGGCUGGUGUGUCCUUCAGGGCAGGUGUGUGAGGAAGGAGCAAUGCGCGGGCUCCGAACAGAGCCAUCAAUGGCUGUGGAGCUACGGGGCCCCUGAGGGCAGCCUCUGCUUGGCUAUCCAGAGCCUGGUGCCUAGCCAGCAGCCCCGCCAGGAGCAGGGCCAGGUCACCAUGGUGGUGCCACGGCUGCCAGUCUUGGCGCCCGAUAAGUACUUCCACUGUGCCUUUGAUGACUAUGAGACACUGGCGCAGGUGGACGACAGCCAGGUGGUAUGUGAGUCCCCCCCACAGGAGCAGCUGCCCCCCAGUGGAGAGGGCACAGAUCACAUCACUGUGCCUCUGGCCCUGAUGUUCGAGGACAUCUCAGUGGCCGUCACCAAUUUCUCCUUCUAUGACUGCCAGGCUACUGGGGCCCUGGAUGUGGCCGCUCCGUGCAGUGCAUGUGUGAGGAGCCCCUGGCGAUGCCACUGGUGCCCCCAAAGUGCCUCCUGUGUGUCAGGAGACAGCUGCCCAGAUGGGGAGAGGACCGUCUAUCACUCCCAAGAAGCAGACGUCCUGACGAAGGGCCCUGAUUUCUGCCCCCAUGUGGAAGGUCUGGCCACAUCCCAUCUUGUUCCUGUGGGCUGGGAGACCAGGCUUGCCCUGCGGGUCCGGAACCUACAUCACUACCAGAGCAAGGCAGCCUCCUAUCACUGCUGGCUGGAGCUGCCGGGAGCCCUUCUGGGGCUCCAGGCGUCCCUGGAAGAGGGAGACGGUGAUACCCAGCUCAUCCGGUGCCAGGCUCAGCAGUUCCGGCCCUCUCCCCCUCGGAAGGAGCUCCAGGUGCCCAUCUACGUCACCAGGGGCAACACUCAUAGGGUGGAUAAUGCUGGCAACAUAAACGUGACCCUCUAUGACUGCACCGUGGGUCAUGAAGACUGCAGCCACUGCCAGGCAGCCGACAAGAACCUGAGCUGUGUGUGGUGUAGCCAGGGCAGGCCCACCUGUAGCUACAGGCCCCUGUGCCCGCCAGAAACUGUGGAGUCGCUCUGCCCUUUGCCCAGCAUCCACUUGAUCAAGCCUCAGACUGGCCCCCCUGAAGGCGGGGUGGCCCUCACCAUCCUGGGCUCCAACCUAGGCAGCCGCUUGGAGGAUGUGGCAGACGCUGUGACCGUGGCGGGACAGCCUUGUCGCCUGGAUCCAACCCUCUACCACAUCUCUACCCAGAUCGUGUGUGUGACCUCCCCUGCUCUAAAGGACACCACAGGCCCCAUCAAAGUCACCAUCAAGAAUCGCCCACCUAGCGUGUCUGCCCAGCUCUUCAGCUACCAGGACCCCGUCCUGCGCAAUCUGAGUCCCCGACAGGGCCCUCGGGCAGGGGGCACCCUCCUCACCAUCUUCGGGCACCACUUGCUGACAGAGAGUAAUGUCAGAGCCUUCCUGGGAGAUGAGCCCUGCCACAUCCUGGGGCCUGUAUGCCCCGAAGCCAUUGUAUGCAGGACUGGGCCCUGGGCCACUCCUGGGGAGGCUGAGCUCCUCGUGGUCUUCGGCUUGGCACAGAGAAGGCUGGCCACUGGCCACUUCUCCUACACACCCGACCCCCAACUUCUGUCGGCUGAGCCCAGCGUGGGCUUCCGAGGGGGGGGUCGGAUGAUCCGGGUGACGGGGACCAAUCUGGACGUGGUGCAGAGGCCUCUGUUGUCCGUGUGGCUGGAAGAGGCCCCUGCUGGGCCCCAGCAGCUAGACCCCCAGCAAGUAGCUGAGCAUCGUUGUGCGGAUGGGGGCCACCCCCAGGCUGCCCAGGACACUAAAGCCUGGCAGACCUGCUCCUGGCUGGAGACAGGGCUUCUGGAGUGCUCCACGGGCUGCUCAGCCAAUUCCUCUGGGCUGCUCCUGUGCCCAAGUCCUGCGCUCCCUGGGCUCGCCCGCCUCAGACGGAUGUUCUUCACCCUGGACAACAUCCGAGUGGACUUCGUCAAUGCCAGUGGUGGGCAAGACUUCCUCUACCAGCCUGACCCCCAUCUCCAUCCACUCAGUCGCGACAGACCUGCCCACCCAUACCGACUGAAGCCUGGCAAUGUCCUGGAUGUGGAGGGUGAGGGGCUGAACUUGGGGAUCAGCAAGGACGAGGUCCAGGUGCAGAUUGGGAAAGGCGAGUGUGUGGUGAAGACCUUGACGCUGACACACUUAUACUGCGAGCCCCCCAUGUGGCCUCCCCCACCCCUCAACAGCUCCAGUGCCCUGCCUGAGUUCAUAGUGCACAUGGGGAACCUUCGGCUGAACCUGGGCCCGGUGAAGUACGAGGUGGAGGCCAGCCUGCCCAGCUUCCCCACUGAGGCCCAGAUUGGGCUGGGGGUGGGAGUGUCGGUGCUCAUCUCCAUGGUCCUCCUCCUCAUCCUCAUGUACCGACGGAAGAGCAAACAGGCCAUGAGGGACUACAAGAAAGUCCUCGUGCAGCUAGAAAACUUGGAGAUCAGCGUUGGGGACCAGUGCCGCAAGGAGUUCACAGAUCUGAUGACCGAGAUGACAGACCUCAGCAGUGACCUGGAAGGCAGCGGGAUCCCUUUCCUGGAUUAUAAAACCUUCACCGAGCGGGUCUUCUUUCCUGGCCACCACGGCUCCCCCCUGCGGUCCGAGCUCGAUGUGCCCGAUGCCCGCCGGGCCACAGUAAAGCAGGGUCUCAACCAGCUUGCCAACUUGCUCAACAGCAAACUCUUCCUUAUUAAGUUCAUCCACACCUUGGAGGAACAGCCCACGUUCUCCCAGCGGGAUCGGUGCUACGUGGCCUCGCUGCUGUCCCUGGCUCUGCACGGCAAGCUGGAGUAUCUGACGGACAUCAUGAAGACCCUGCUCAAUGACCUGACGGCCCAGUACGUCCAGAAGAACCCCAAGCUGAUGCUUCGCAGGACUGAGACCAUGGUGGAAAAGUUACUGACCAACUGGAUGUCCAUCUGCCUCUACUCCUUCCUGAAGGAGGUGGCAGGGGAGCCCCUGUACAUGCUAUUCCGGGCCAUCAAAUACCAGGUGGACAAGGGCCCUGUGGACGCCGUGACAGGCAAGGCAAAACGGACCUUGAACGACAGCAGGCUUCUGCGGGAGGAUGUGGAAUUCUGGCCACUGACCCUGACUGUGCUGGUAGGGCCUGGGACUGGCACCGGUGAGCUGCAACGAGUGCCCGCCCGUGUGCUCAACACCGACACCAUCACUCAGGUCAAGGAGAAGGUGCUAGACCAGGUCUACAAGGGCACGCCCUUCUCCCAGAGGCCUUCAGUGCAUGCCCUGGACCUCGAGUGGCGUUCAGGGCUGGCUGGCCACCUGACUUUGUCAGAUGAGGACUUGACUUCCGUGACCCAGAAUCAGUGGAAAAGACUGAACACUUUGCAGCAUUACAAGGUCCCGGAUGGAGCAACUGUGGGGCUCAUCCCCCGAAUGCACAACGGGAAUGGCAUCUCCAAAAGCCCCAAUCAGAGUUUUCUCUCUGGAGAGAGCUUACCUAUGCUGGAGGACGGAGACGAGAGCGGCAUCCGACUCUGGCACCUGGUCAAGUGUACCGAGGAGCCUGAGGUCCCCAAGCAGAGGAGAAGCAGCCUCCGAGAGCGAGAACGGGCCAAAGCCAUCCCAGAAAUCUACCUCACGCGCUUACUGUCCAUGAAGGGCACACUGCAGAAGUUUGUAGAUGAUACCUUUCAAGCCAUCCUCAGUGUGGACCGGCCUGUGCCCAUUGCAGUCAAGUAUUUAUUUGAUUUCUUGGAUGAGUUGGCAGACAAAUAUGGCAUUGAGGACCAAGAAACCCUGCAUAUCUGGAAAACCAACAGCCUACUGCUGCGCUUCUGGGUAAACACCCUGAAGAACCCCCAGUUCAUCUUUGAUGUCCGGGUCUCAGACAAUGUGGAUGCUAUUCUCACUGUCAUCGCUCAAACCUUCAUUGACUCUUGCACCAUCUCUGAGCACAAAGUGGGCCGGGACUCUCCUGUGAAUAAACUUCUCUAUGCCCGGGAGAUUCCCCGAUACAAGCAGAUGGUGGAGAAGUAUUACGCAGAUAUUCGGCAGAAUACAACUGCCAGUUACCAGGAAAUGAACUCGGCCUUGACAGAGUUAUCAGGGAACUAUGCUUCUGACAUCACCUGCCUGGUUGCCCUGCAUGAACUGUAUAAUUACAUCAACAAGUAUUAUGACCAGAUUAUCAGUGCCCUGGAAGAAGACCCCGUGGGUCAGAAGAUGCAGCUGGCCUACCGGCUUCAACAAAUCGCUGCUCUGGUAGAGAACAAAGUUACUGACUUGUGAGGACCCCCCCCCCAGAGCCCGGAUCUGGGGCUAAGGACAAGGAGACAGACCAGCCUGGUUGGGUGUGGGGAGCUACCCCAGCCAGGCUCUCCAGUCUAAAGUCAGCUGCCAGGGCUCCCACUCUCUCACCAGCAGUGCCUUUUGCCCCAGCUCCCCAUUCAGUCACCUGGAUGACUCUGCCCUUCCAAGUCUCCCUGCCCUCCCCACUACCAAGUACGGCCAUACUAGUCAGAGAGGGCCCUAGAGCCUCAGAAGAAGUUAGGGGCAGAGUGAUCCAGGAGGCCAGCCAGGCAGUGGAGUGGCCAAGGCUUGGCCCUACCUUCCCAAGUGGAUCAUGGGACACUUUUCCAUGCUGGAGAAGGACCAGGGGGCAGCUAAUGUUCAGGACUUCCUGCUCAAGUCAGUGUGGCUUCCAUGGCUUCCCCUUGCCCUUGUCACUAGGAAUAUUAGUGUGUGGGGGGUGGGGGGGGGGGACACCAAGCUUUGCCUUUCUUAUUCCAAGGCCUCUUAACUGUGGCAUAGCUAGUCUCAGGCAGCCCUGGGUUAUCUUAAUUUGCACCAGCUCCAGCCCUAUUGGGAAACGUCAAGGAAGGCCUGCUACCUCCCUACCCCCAUCCCAUGUAUUUAUUUACUUGCUGGAAAAUUCCAUUUGGAAAUAAAUGAGAUCGAAGCCUUUAAAUAAAAAGUUCAAAAUAA